AUGCACAAUGACUCUAUCGGAUAUUAUUUUGUGUACUAUUGUUCCGGACAUGGAUAUGGACAUGCCACCCGAGUCUCUGCGUUCGCGUGUCAUUUACUUAGACUACAGCCACGACCUGUUGUACACAUCGUCUCUUCCGCCCCCAAACAUGUAUUUUCCGACAGUAUAGCCUUAGGAGCUCUAUAUCGUUAUGCGGACAUAGACCCAGUAAUCGUGCAGCCUUUAGCGUACCGCGUUGACCGCCGGAAGAGUAUUGAAGUCUUGAGGUCUUUCCUUCUCAAAAAAGAUCACAAGGUCUCCGACGAAUCUCAGUGGCUCAAAUCUAUAGGCGCCGACUGCGUCCUCAGUGACGCCGCGUUUCUCGGCUGUCUUUCCGCGCACGAGGCAGGCAUACCUUCUGUAUUGAUAACGAACUUCUCCUUCGACUCGGUAUACAGCUACCUGUCCACCUCGCUCAUAGAUGCCGUGACGACACCGCCACCCGUGGAGUCUGACAGCCUACAGAUGCAAAUCGCGAAGCUGCCUCCAGACGUGCCUAUACCCCUAGAUGAACUUUCUCCUCUCGUUGGCCAGAUUGUUCAAGGAUUCCGCUGUGCGGAUCUGCUCCUGCGGCUGCCAGGCGCCAUACCAAUGCCAUCAUUCUCUAUAGAGCCUUCAUUACCUUCCGCAGACUGGGUUGACCCCGCAUUCCAAGUAUUCAAGCCAGACGUCGUCGCUCACCUCAUGGCCCCACCCUCAACACAUACCUUGCACCCCCAGAUACCGUUCUCCAACAAAUUGGGUCCCAAGCCAGUGGGCCGGGAAAUGCGCUCCGCUCCGCUCAUAGUACGCUCGCCUAACCCCUCUGUGUAUACAAGGGACGGGCGUUCUCACCUGUUGGGAUCUCUCGGCGUUCCCAGUCACUUGCAUGACUCUGGCGCCACGAAGAUCCUCAUCGUCUCUUUCGGUGGGCAGGUCUUCCACAAACCCCAGAGCCGUAUACACAGUCGAUCACCCUCUGCCGCCAGCACCCCUGGACCGUUUACCGCUGCAGCGACGAGAUCGCUGAAUGGAAAGUUACGUGACGUGCCGUAUGCCAAGCCGUCCGACAUGUCAAAGGGCUAUUUCCCUGAUCCUAGCACGCUCUCGGUCGCUCUGCGCUCAAUCUCUUUGACCGGGCAUGAACAUCGCGUGUAUCCGUCACCUGGGCUUAUGCCGCCAGCAGCGCUCAGAAGAGGGCGGGCAAAAUCGGUUCUCCAGAUACCUGGCGCCCCUCCUAGUACAAUUCCCACCUCUCCGCCGUCGAAGAAAACGAUGUCUCCGCCCAUGAUAGACGCACCAAAAUUUGAGUUCACCACAAUGCCCCCGUCCCCGGAUCCCAAGACAAUCAUACGGGAAAGGGAGGACAACGGCCCUACGUCUCAAUUCGAAUGGGCUGUCGAAGACGACGAGGGAUUGGAGGAGCCGGAACCUCGACUACUUCCUGACGACACAUGGAUUGCGAUUGUAUGCGGCGUAUCAAAAGAGUGGGGGACAGAAAACGGCGAGGAGCUACCAGAGAACUUCUUCGUCGCUCCCCGUGACGUGUACAUGCCAGAUCUGACGGCCGUUGCGGACGUGUUACUGGGCAAACUGGGUUACGGCACAGUGUCCGAAUGUGUGGACGCAUGCACACCGUUCGUGUACGUGCCCCGGCCGCUUUUUAUUGAGGAGCAUGGCCUGCGUCAACUCCUCGCCACGGAAGGGGUUGGUGUCGAAUUGUCGCGGAUAUCCUACGAGAUGGGAGAGUGGGCUGAUGCCGUCGAAGAAGCGUGGCUCAAAGGAAGACACGCAAAGGAGAAGAAACGGAAAGAGGGCGAUACUGGGAAGAGACACGAGGAAGGUAGACAGAUGGCGAACGAGUUGGUGCGGUGGCUGGAACAUUGGAGGCUAGCGAUCUCAUCAUGAACUUAGCACUUUGUUGUUCAUUUACCUCAGACCACUGUGAUGUAUACUGUGGUUUGAAUACAGCUCAACGUCUCCG